UUAUCGUCCAUGCUUUUCCAGUCAAAACCCUUGGCAAAAAAAACACAGUGCGAGACUUAGCCAUUGUCAAUGAAGAGGAGAAGCCACUACUUUUAACUCUGUGGAAUCAAUUUGAAACGGAAGAUGAUGUCGGUCAAAACAUGGCUAAUACAGUGGCAUCUGGAAACAUUGUCCUAUCCAUGAGAACAAAAGUUUCCACAUUUAAUG